AUGCGAUGCCAGCGUGUAAAGGAGUGUGUGUGCAGGCCGUGUGGAGGCUGGAAGGCUGCUGGCUGGCUGCUGGCAUCGCUGCUAGGGUCCCUGCUACUGGUGGCUGUUGGAGUGAUACUGCAGAUCGUGCGUCUGGUGAACGGGCGUGACCGGUGUGAGGGGCGUGUGGAAGUGUGGCACAACGGAACGUGGGGUACGGUGUGUGAUGACGACUGGGACAUGGUAGAUGCCAAUGUGGUGUGUCGGCAGCUGGUCUGUGGUCUGGCUGUGGCGGUGGGUAGCAUCUCGGAGUACGGCCAGGGCUUGGGGCCCAUCUUGUUGGACAACGUAGACUGUAAAGGAGGGGAGACUGACCUGGGACAGUGUGGCAGUCUGGGCUGGGGAAUCCAUAACUGUUACCACUACGAGGAUGUAUCGGUCACAUGCAAAGGAGAUGGUAGGAUCCGGUUAGUUGGUGGACUGGACUAUUGCCAGGGACGAGUGGAGGUCUUCUACCAGGGCAGCUGGGGGACGGUGUGUGAUGACGACUGGGGUAGGAGAGACGCAGGGGUGGUUUGUCAGCAGAUUGGCUGUGGCCACGCCGUUUCUUCCACCACCAACGCCUACUUUGGUUACGGCACAGGACUGAUUCUACUGGACAACGUCAACUGUAAUGGCUACGAGAACCAGCUGAGUAAAUGCUACAGCCUGGGAUGGGGGAUACACAACUGUGGACAUCAUGAGGACGCUGGAGUUAUCUGUUCAGGUUCAGGCUCCACCACAGUUCCUCCCAUGAACACUGCCACAAUGCCCAUGGGAAGGGCAUUCUUCCAGACUGCCAGCAUUGCAGGUUUCUCUAAAUCUGAGACAGCGGUGCCACAAUACAUGGUGGUGAUGGAGCAAAGGAUGGGAAACCCUCUGCUGUCUACUGUAGGCAUCAGCUUGCUCGUGUAG